GCGCCUCGGUGGCCCCGCGUCCCGCCACCAGGUCAGCGAGGAUGUGCGCAGCGACUUCCAGCGCCGAGUGCCCUACAACUACCUGCAGCGAGCCUACAUCAAGCUUAACCAGUUGGAAAAAGCAGUGGAAGCAGGGCACACAUUUUUCAUGGCCAAUCCUGAGCACAUGGAAAUGCAGCAGAACAUUGAGAAUUACAGAACAAUGGCCGGCGUCGAAGAAUCCCAAUUGGUAGAUCGAGAAGCCAGACCACACCUGGAGAGUUACAGUGCAGGAGUCAAACAUUACGAGGCCGAUGACUUUGAGCUAGCUAUCAAGUACUUUGAACAAGCUUUGAGAGAAUAUUUCAAUGAAGAUACAGAGUGUCGAGCCCUGUGUGAGGGGCCUCAGAGAUUUGAAGAGUAUGAUUAUUUAAGGUAUAAAGCUGGUCUCUAUGAAGCUAUUGCAGAUCACUACGUGCAGGUGCUUGUUUGUCAGCAUGAGUGCGUGAGGGAACUUGCCACCCGCCCUGGCCGCCUCUCCCCGAUUGAGAACUUUCUUCCCCUGCAUUAUGACUACCUACAGUUUGCCUACUAUCGAGUUGGUGAAUAUGUGAAAGCCCUAGAGUGUGCCAAGGCCUAUCUUCUUCUCCAUCCGGAUGACCAGGAUGUCCUAGACAAUGUGAAUUACUAUGAGAGCCUGCUGGACGACAGCAUGGACCUGGCAUCCAUCGAGGCCCGAGAGGAUUUGGCUGUGUUUGUGAAGCGUCAUAAACUGGAAUCAGAACUAAUAAAAUCGGCCGCAGAGGGCCUGGGGUUUUCAUACACUGAACCGAACUAUUGGAUUCGAUAUGGAGGACGACAGGAUGAGAAUCGGGUCCCUUCAGGAGUGAACGUGGAAGGAGCAGAAGUUCAUGGAUUGUCAUCAGGGAAAAAACCAUCACCCAAGAUAGACCGAGACCUAAGAGAGGGUGGCCCUCUGAUCUACGAAAACAUCACCUUCGUCUACAACUCAGAGCAGCUGAACGGGACUCAGCGGGUUCUCCUGGAUAACGUCCUGUCGGAAGAUCAGUGCCGGGAGCUGCACAGCGUGGCCAGUGGAAUCAUGAUUGUUGGUGAUGGAUACAGAGGGAAAACUUCACCUCAUACACCCAAUGAAAAGUUUGAAGGCGCAACUGUCCUGAAAGCACUCAAAUUUGGUUAUGAAGGCCGAGUCCCACUGAAGAGUGCACGCCUGUUUUAUGACAUCAGCGAGAAGGCUCGAAAGAUUGUAGAAUCCUAUUUCAUGCUGAACUCAACCCUGUAUUUUUCCUAUACGCACAUGGUCUGCCGAACAGCCCUGUCUGGUCAACAGGAUAGAAGAAAUGACCUCAGUCAUCCCAUCCAUGCUGACAACUGCCUGUUGGAUCCAGAGGCCAAUGAAUGUUGGAAGGAGCCUCCUGCUUACACAUUCCGGGAUUAUAGUGCUCUGCUAUACAUGAAUGACGACUUUGAAGGAGGAGAAUUCAUAUUCACUGAAAUGGAUGCCAAGACUGUGACUGCUUCUAUCAAACCAAAGUGUGGACGGAUGGUCAGCUUCUCAUCUGGAGGGGAGAACCCGCACGGGGUGAAGGCAGUCACCAAGGGCCAGAGGUGUGCUGUGGCUCUGUGGUUUACCUUGGACCCAAUUUAUAGAGAAUUGGAGCGGAUAAAAGCCGACGAAGUGAUUGCAAUCCUGGAUCAAGAACAACAAGGGAAACACGAACUGAACAUCAACCCAAAAGAUGAGCUAUAAAAAUGAGAAAGAGUGUUCUAUCAGAUAUUUAUUUAAAUUGUUAAUAAUCUUAUGAGAACCUUUUUAUUUUUGUACAGAGCCAUGGUAUAAAUUAACAGGUUAAUACGAGUCAUCAGAUCUCCCUUCUGUUCCUAAGGAUGUUUGCUUUGCCUCACUCAGUCUGUCUGUCUGUCUUGGUUUUUUCAUCAGUUCAUCUCUCAACACCCAGUCAUCUCCCCCCCCCCCACCCCACACACAUGCACUUCAUUGGCUGCAGAUACAAGAGCUAAAGCAGAAAGAGUAAGUCCUUUUGGGGUACACUAUGUGUGAUGUAAUUCUAAAGCUGGCGUGUGUUGCCAUCUCAGAAGGUCUUUCUGGCUCUGAGCCUCUCAGCCACCUCCUCUCAUGGUGCUGAUGGCCAUGAGUUUGAGCCUGAGGUGCCCGGUGGUGGUGGCGUCUGCACUGCCUCAUCUAUCACUGGCUGAGGGUCCCCAGGCUCUGAGAAAGAACCACUCUGAUAAGUACUGUGUGAGAUGGAGGGGCCCAACCUUUCCAAGGCCUUGGUGGUAUUUCUACCAGAAGACAAACUUACACUGGAAGCUUCGAUCUGUCCUCCACAGUGCUCCAGAAAGGACUCCCUGGGAGUCAUGUUCUUCUGGAGGUUGCUUAGGGGUUUGAAAUAGAAUGGAUCUUCACCCCAGUGAUGUUUAGAAGAAAAUUUUGAAUCCCAUCUGAUUCUGAGCAUGUCGCCUGAGAGUGGAGUUCACGGGUGAGAAGGAGCAUGUUGAUCUUGAGAAAAAUGGAUUUCUAAUUGAUUCUAGUCUUCAUCUGCAUAGCUUGGUGGUCCCUCCUCUUUGCUACUGUCCAGCAUGUGGGCUUGUUCUUGUGACUGGUCGGUUUAAUAAAGGGAGCCUUAUUUUAA